CCAGGACCUCCCCUCAGCAAGAGCUGGGGCCACCGCCCUCAGCCCUGCCCUGCCCAGGCCCCUCCCCCGCCACGCCCCCCAACUCAGUUCAAGGGUGGGGAGAGGUGGCUGGGAGGAGCAGGUGUGCGGGGCCCAGCCCCGUGUUGCCCGCCCCAGAGCGCCCUGCCAGUUCACCCAGCAUUUCCCAUCAGGAGGCUCUCGAGCCGAGUGCGCCCAGCAGUGGUCACUGCUGCAGCUCUGCCCUGCUCUGCGGCUCAAGGGUCUUGGCCAGCGAGCGUGGGGGCGGUGCCGGAGCACGGGGGCGGAGCCGUGCGACCGCCAAGCCCCGCCCCCAGACUCUGCGGAACCUCCGGGAGGAGGGGGCGGGUGGGGCGCGGCUGGGUCAGCUGAGUGACAGUCACGGGACCAAGACCAGCUCUGUCUGGCUUCCUGGAGGAGACGGAAGGAUGAGCGGGGGUCUCCGAGUGUGGCAGGCCAGUGGUGGGGCCCGUAGUGGGGAGGGUGUUGCCCUGGAGGAUUCUCAGGACCGUGGGGUCAGUCCUGGGGCCGGGCCGGGCCAGAGGACAGCUCCGUGCAAGGGACAUGGAAAAGGAGCGAGAGGCUCUGCAGACCUGGAAGGAGCGUGUGGAGCAGGAACUGGACCGUGUGGUGGCUUUCUGGAUGGAGCACUCUCACGACCAAGAGCAUGGGUGUGGAUGUAUUGUCGCCUGUACCGAAAACUUGAGCGUUUCCGCAGCCCUGAACUUCUGGAUUCAGCUAAAGCAGGUGGUGAAUUUUUGCUGCGUUAUGCCCGAGUGGCACCUCCUGGAAAGAAGUGCGCCUUUGUGCUGACGCGGGACGGCCGCCCGGUCAAGGUGCAGCGAACCAUCUUCAGCGAGUGUUUCUACACCAUGGCCAUGAACGAGCUGUGGCGGGUGACUGGGGAAGCGCAUUACCAGAAGGAAGCGGUGGAGAUGAUGGAUCAGAUCGUGUACUGGGUGCGGGAGGACCCGUCGGGGCUGGGCCGGCCCCGUCUCCCCGGGGCCCUGGCCUCCGAGUCCAUGGCAGUGCCCAUGAUGCUGCUCAACCUGGUGGACCAGCUCGGGGAGGCGGACGAGGAGCUGGCGGGCAACUACGCGGAGCUGGGGGACUGGUGUGCCCAGAGGAUUCUGCGGCAUGUCCAGAGGGAUGGACAGGCUGUGCUGGAGAACGUGUCAGAGGACGGUGAGGAACUUUCUGGUUGCCUGGGGAGGCACCAGAACCCAGGCCAUGCGCUGGAAGCUGGCUGGUUCCUGCUCCGUUACGCCAUCAGGAAGGGUGACCCCAAGCUUCAAGCUCACGUUAUCAACAAGUUCCUAUUGUUGCCUUUCCGCUCUGGAUGGGACCCUGACCAUGGAGGCCUCUUCUACUUCCAGGAUGCUGAUGGCCUCUGCCCUACCCAGCUGGAGUGGGCUAUGAAGCUCUGGUGGCCACACAGUGAAGCCAUGAUUGCCUUCCUCAUGGGCUACAGUGACAGCGGGGACCCUGCCUUGCUGCACCUCUUCUACCAGGUGGCUGAGUACACCUUCCGCCAGUUUCGCGAUCCUGAGUACGGGGAAUGGUUUGGCUACUUGAACCAAGAGGGGAAGGUCGCUCUCACCAUCAAAGGGGGUCCUUUCAAAGGCUGCUUCCAUGUGCCGAGGUGCCUCGCCAUGUGCGAGGAGAUGCUGGGCGCCCUGCUGAGCCGCCUCGCCCUGGCCCCGAGUCCCGGCUCGAGUCCCGGCUCCCCUCCCGCCGUACCCCACGCCCGCCAAGGCGCGAAAUAAAACUGAGCCUGCUGCGCUGCCGGUGUGCGUUCGUCUGUGGGGUCGCGGGAGGAGGGUAGCCCGGAGUCGGCUGGAGCAUUCUAGCCUACGCAGACCCCGGCCCGCCCUGCGCGCCGGGCCGCCCCACCCCUCUGAUAGGCCCGCCCCGCGCCGGGGCUCG